UUCUUUGCACUGCGGGAUGUCCGCCUUCAAUAUGAGAGUCUGGCCAACAAGAACAUCCAUGAGGCUGAGGAAUGGUACAAAUCCAAGUUUGCAGAUUUGUCUGAGGCUGCUGCUCGUAACAUGGAGGCCAUCCGUCAUACUAAGCAGGAUGCAAAUGAAUAUCGCCGCCAGGUCCAGGCUUUAACAUGUGAGGUGGAUUCGCUUAAAGGCACUAAUGAGUCUCUAGAGCGUCAAAUGGCGGAACUGGAGGACACCUUUGCCAUGGAGUCAUCUAAUUACCAGGACACCAUCACCCAUCUGGAAGAAGAAAUCCGCAACAUGAAGGAUGAGAUGGCUCGUCACUUGCGUGAGUACCAGGACUUGCUGAAUGUCAAAAUGGCCCUGGACAUUGAGAUUGCUACCUACAGGAAGCUUCUGGAGGGAGAGGAGAGCAGGAUCACCACACCAUUACCUAAUUUUUCUACAUUUAAUCUGAGAGAAUCCAUGAUAGAAACCAAACCACUCAUUGAGAACCUGUCCAAGAAAGUGUUGAUUAAAACCAUAGAGACAAGAGAUGGUCAUGUGAUUAACGAGUCCACUCAGCCUCAUGAAGACCUGGAAUGAACUGCAUGCAAAACCUUUAAAAGAAAUGCUCACUGAGAAGGCGAGCGCUGUAGCGGGAGGAGAUAUAUCAGUGUGAUAUUUCUGUUUCUGUGACACUAAAUCAGCUUUAAUGUGCCUUUUUGCCACUCGAGACAGAUCUUCAGAUAGAGAUGUGUCUUAAGUAGAAUAGGGUUUGUAGGCCAGUGAAAACCAGCUCUAUACAGUAUUUCUGUUUUCCUAAACUACUAUAGUUUACACUCUGCAAGUUGGACCACAGCAAUAAUCUUAGCAACAUUGAUUUUUUUUGUUUUCGGUCAGCUUGCAGCUUGACCAACAUGAAAUGAUGUCUUCAAAAUCAAACAAACAAAUAAAAUCAACACACCUUUAUGAAAA